AUGAGCGUGCUCUGCUACGCGGAUGACACACUGGUCGUAGCCACAGGAAGGGCUCUGCCGGAGCUAUGCGUGAGGGUGGAGGUGGCCACCGAGAUGAUCGUGGCCCGCAUAAGGGGCUUAGGUCUUAAAGUAGCCCCUCAAAAAACCGAGGCCUUGAUGUUUCAUGGGCCUCGGCGCGGGCCACCCCCGGGUGCCCACCUCACUAUCGAGGGCGUUCGGGUGCGUAUUGGUGCCCAGAUGAAGUACCUGGGCAUCGUCCUGGAUGGGCGAUGGACCUUCCGCGCCCACUUCGAGGGACUGGCCCCAAAAACCGUGCCUCCCUGCGGCGCCCGCAACGCAUCGCAUCGCAUCGCACUGUGGGCCAUAAGAGGCUACCGCACCGUUUCACACGGUGCGGCGUGUGUGUUGGCCGGGCUACCCCCGUGGGAGCUGGAGGCCGAGGUCCUUGACGCGGUUUACAGAUACCGAACGUCAAGGCGGCAAGCAAGGGAGCGACCGGCCAUGGAAGAGGUGGAGCGCGUCCGCGAUCUCGCUCGGGAGGAGCUUCUGCGGCGCUGGGAGCUGGAGCUUGCGGGUCCCCGCUAUGGCGUAAGAACCAUAGAGGCGAUCCGCCCAGUCCAGGACCAGUGGGUGCAUCGGAGGCAUGGUUCCCUUACCUAUCGCCUGGUGCAGGUGCUGACCGGACAUGGAUGUUUCGGUUGGUACCUGCAUCUGAUUGGUAGGGAGCCGAGCCCCCUAUGUCACGAGUGCGGCGCUGCGGAGGAUACGGCCCAGCACACCCUCGAGGUGUGCCCGGCCUGGGUCCAGCAGCGCCGGGCUCUGACUGCGGUGACUGGUCAGGACCUCGCGCUCCCCAGCGUCGUAGUUGCGAUGCUCCUGGGCGAGAGCGCGUGGGACGCCAUGGUCUCCUUCUGCGAAGAGGUGAUGUUGCAGAAGGAGACCGUGGAACGGGCUCGGGAAGAGGAUCCCGAAGCCCACGCGCUCCGGCGCAGACGGCCGGGAGGAAGAAGGAGGAGAUUCGCUCUCCUCCCUCCCCCUCCCUAG